UCUGCUUUCAGAUGGGAACUUCCUACAUUCUGACUUGAGACAAGGCCAUGCCGAAUGACUUCCAACUACAACAGAACUCUUCUACAUCCAACGGGAGCACAGAGAAUAAGGCGGGAGUUAAUGUUGUCGUUUCUUUCAUCCCAUGCGUCAUCUUCCUCUACAUAAACUGUGUGAUGCUGUACACACUGAGAAGCAAGCCUGUGUUCCGUGAGACCUCCCGUUACCUCCUGCUCUACAACCUCCUAUUGGCUGAAACCUUACAGAUGGCAUUGGCUCAGAUGAUGUUUCUAAUCGCUGUUGGCAUGGUGUUAAUGACACGCUUAGUGUGCCUUCUAGUUUUUAUACCGACCAUAAUUACCACCGUCAUAUCACCGUUCAACCUGGCACUGAUGUCUUUGGAUACAUAUGUAGCUGUAUGUUUCCCUCUGAGGCACGCCAGCAUCGUCACGGUCCCCACCACAUACGGGGCCAUAGCCGUGGUGUGGGCCAUCAGCCUUGCUAACAUGUUGGUCAAAGUUAUCAUGUUAAAGUUUCUUGAUGCCAGACCCUUUGGUCAGUUCAUGAGCAUGCUCUGCACUGAGACCAAUAUAUUCCAGUUGAAAAUAUUCUCAGAGUUUGAGAGCGGUUUUGUGUGUCUCAUGGGCAUUAUCUGCGCUAAGAGCACCCUAUUCCAGUUGAAAAUAUUCUCUGAGUUUGAGAGUGGUUUUGUCUGUGCUGAGUUUGUGUCGGUGGGCCUGAUAAUUAUCCUUUCCUACGUGGGAGUGAUGGUGGCGGCCAAGGCCGCCUCCACUGACAGAUUGUCAGCCAAUAAGGCUUCCAAGACAGUCCUGUUGCACAUGAUUCAGCUGGGCCUGAGUCUGUCGUCUUCCUUGGUAAGCACGAUACUGACAGGCCUCCAUGGGAAAGUAGAUGUGAUCACUUUCAGGCAUCUUCGGUUUUCUCUGUUCGUUUGCUUCAUCAUCCUCCCCAGGUGUCUUAGUUGUCUUAUUUACGGCCUGAGGGAUCAAAUUAUCAGGCCGAUCUUAAUACGACACCUCAGACAAGGAAUUAAAAUGCUAAAUAUCCAAGUUAUCCACUCAAAAUAUUAA